GAUAGAUCUGUGUAAUAUCUCGGAUGGUAUGGGAAUUAUAGAUGACAUAACAGGAGAUAAAACUGACACUGGAGACGACGGUCAAGGGAGAACUGUUGAAGCUGAAACUGACCUGGAUGGUAACCCUGUAGAGACAAGGAGAGAUGGUAGAGAAGAUAGGUCAAGGUGGACAGAGGAUGUGAAAGAAGUGAAUGAUGAUAUUGUUGAAGGAAUGAUUGAAGAGGGUAUAAGACAGGUCACACAAGAUGGUUUCAUUGAUUUAGAGGAAGAUACCGUCCAAUAUCCAUCUCAUAUGACACCAAACAGGAGUUAUGACAACGAAGGAGAGGAUGUUGAGAUAGAUGAUGUACUUGGACCAGAGGUAGACGAUGAUGAUAAUAUGUCCGAGACUUCUGUACGAUCUACUGAACAACCUAUUGUCAUAGAUAAAAGUUUACUACAUAGUUCACCACGGCAGGUCUCGGAGAGAACACCGAAAGAGUUAUCUUCUCCUGACAGUCCGGACAUGUUUAUAGAUGAAGAAAGAUUCCCAUCACUGGAGAACUCACCAAGGGAGGCAAUCAUUAUAGAUAGAAGCUUUCAAACACCAAGCAGAGGUGAAGAUAAACUGUCAUAUAGUUUACCCAUGAAUCAGCAAUUCACCAGCAUAGAGAACCAAUCACCUGGCUUCCUAUCUAUGUCACUACAGGGAAAACCCUCACCAGUCACAAAAACUCCUGUCACAAAAGAUUUUUUGUCACGGUCACUGGUCAUGGAGCGUAGCCCACUGAGUGAGGAAAUCAGAAAAAUGUUCAAAAAGGCAAUUGAAGACACACCUCCCCCAAAAGAAGUAAAGGAAGAACCUGUGUAUACAUCUGAUCUAGAGUUACCUGACUUGACAGACACUGGUAACCAGGGAGGCAGUCAAGUUAAUUCUCCUGGUUACCAGGGCAACACAUUGAAACAGACAGAUAUCUCAUGGGACCUGACGGAGAAUUUGGAUGAUAUAGAAAUACCUGACUUAGACGGAGAUAUCGAUGAUGAUAUAGAUGACAUUCUUACAGCCAAUGAUAAUGUAUUACAAAAAGAGGGAGUUAAUCUCGACGACGAUGAUGAUAUGAUAGAUGACUUUUUUACCAGUAAGACCCCUGAGUUACCAAAGCGAAGAGCUCUGGUUGAUGUUAAAAGGGGGAAAAGGACACCCCCCCAAGAAAAGGUUUAA